AUGUACAGAAGAGCCAAACUCGUUUUCGAUUCCCUGCGACGUAAUAUAAACCCGAAGGUAAUUCAUCGAUUUCAUGUUCCCUCGAGAAUCAAUCCAUCAGUGUCUUCUCACCCCGCAGCUAAGUUUUCUGGCUUCUCCUCAAUUGCUUCGCGCGAACUAGGUUUAGGAUCAUUUGGGAAAACGAACAAUCCGUUUCUGAGCCAAGCCAAGAGAAAUUACUACGUCGAUCGUUACCAGGUAAGUCAUUUCAAGCCGCGCGGACCCAGACGGUGGACCCAAAACCCAAGGACGGUGUUGACGGUGGUGCUGAUCGGUUCCGGAGCUCUGCUCACUCUGUAUUUCGGGAACUUAGAGACGGUUCCGUACACAAAGCGAACGCAUUUCGUUCUCCUGUCGAAAUCCAUGGAGAAGCGAAUAGGGGAAACCCAAUUCGAGCAGAUAAAGAAAACUUACAAAGGGAAAGUCCUCCCUGCGAUUCAUCCCGAGAGCAUUAGAGUUAGAUUGAUAGCUAAAGAGGUGAUCGAUUCGUUGCAGAGAGGGUUAAGCCACGAGCGUGCGUGGGGUGAGUUAGGUUAUGCUUCAAUGGAUAGUACUAUGAGAGGUAGUGAUACGGGUGUGAAGGAGGUGGAAAUGGCUCUGAGUGGUGAUGGUGGUGAAGAGACGAUGAGUGGAAUGAAAUGGUCUAAAGAUGAUGAGAUUCUUGAUGACAAAUGGAUUCAACAGAGUAGGAAGAAAGAUACGCAGGCAGCGAGCUCUCACCUGGAAGGGAUAAACUGGGAGGUGAUUGUGGUCAACGACCCUAUGGUUAACGCCUUUUGCUUGCCCGCUGGGAAGAUUGUGGUCUUCACUGGGUUGCUUAACCAUUUCAAGUCUGAUGCUGAAGUUGCUACUGUCAUUGGUCAUGAGGUUGGUCAUGCGGUGGCACGACAUGUAGCGGAAGGAAUAACAAAGAACUUAUGGCUGGCUAUACUUCAGCUGGUGCUUUAUCAGUUUGUCAUGCCAGAUCUUGUGAACACCAUGUCCGCUCUUUUCUUGAGGCUUCCCUUCUCCAGAAAGAUGGAGAUAGAAGCAGACUACAUCGGUUUGCUAUUGCUUGCAUCAGCAGGAUAUGACCCAAGAGUAGCUCCCAAAGUGUAUGAGAAGCUGGGAAAGCUUGGAGGAGACGUGGCGCUUGGGGAAUAUUUAUCUACGCAUCCCUCGGGAAAGAAGAGAUCACAGCUUUUGGCUCAAGCCAAUGUGAUGGAAGAAGCACUAAUGAUCUACAGAGAAGUCCAAUCAGGUCGUCCUGGCGUUGAAGGCUUUCUUUAG